AUGUCUCCAAAGGAAGCUGCACGAUCGUCGACAAGGUUCUGUGCCGAUCAGCACGAGAAUGGAGAGCCUUCAAAGUCCACGCAGUCCAGACGGCCAGAGUACAUCCCCAACCGCAUCGAUGAUCCCAACUAUGUGCGUAUAUUUGACACCACAUUGAGGGAUGGGGAGCAGUCCCCUGGCGCCACGCUGACCAGCAAGGAGAAGCUGGAUAUAGCCAGGCAGUUGGCCAAGUUAAGAGUGGACAUCAUUGAGGCUGGCUUUCCUGUGGCCUCGCCUGAUGACUUUGAUGCCGUUCGAAGCAUAGCCAUGGAUGUCGGCAACAACGUUGACGAGGACGGAUACGUGCCUGUGAUCUGUGGCCUGUCCAGAACGAUUAUCAGGGACUUGGAGGUCGCAUGGGAGGCAGUGAAGCUGGCCAAGAGGCCGAGGGUGCACACCUUCCUGGCCACCUCUGCCAUCCACAUGGAGCACAAGCUGAAGAUGACACCAGACCAGGUGGUAGAGAACGCGGUGAAGGCGGUGCGGCACCUGCGCAGCCUGGGCUGCACGGACAUCGAGUUCAGCCCGGAGGAUGCCGGACGCUCGGACCCCAAAUUCCUUUACAGAGUCCUGGCCGCUGUCAUUGAGGCCGGUGCCACCACCCUCAACAUCCCAGACACCACAGGCUGGAACCUGCCCCACGAGUUUGGCGGCCUCAUCGCUGACCUCAUCGCCAACACACCUGGCGCUGACAAGGUUGUUUUCUCGACGCACUGCCAGAAUGACCUGGGCCUAUCCACAGCCAACAGCCUGGCAGGCGCCAUGGCUGGCGCAAGGCAGAUCGAGUGCACCAUCAACGGGAUUGGAGAGAGGGCGGGGAAUGCCUCGCUGGAAGAGGUGGUCAUGGCCAUCAACAAGCGCGGGGCGCAGCAGAUGGGUGGGCUGCGGACUGGCAUUCGGCCGGUGCACAUCAUCAGCACCAGUAAAAUGGUCAGCGACUACUCCGGCAUGAUGGUCCAGCCCCACAAGGCGAUAGUGGGUGCGAACGCGUUUGCGCACGAGAGCGGCAUCCACCAGGACGGCAUGCUGAAGAGCAAGGACACUUAUGAGAUCAUCCGCCCCGAAGAGAUCGGCCUCACGCGCCAGGACGACGCCGGCAUCGUCAUGGGCAAACACAGCGGGCGGAAUGCGUUGCGCACGAAGUUACAGGCGCUGGGCUUUGACCUGGCGCAGGACCAACUGGACGACGUGUUCAAGCGCUUCAAGAGCUUGGCGGACAAGAAGAAGAAUGUGACGGAUGAGGACGUGCUGGCGCUGGUCAGUGACGAGGUGCACCAGCCAGAGAAGCUGUGGGACCUGCUGGGCCUGCAGGUGGUGUGCGGGACGAUGGGCCUCCCCACUGCCACUGUGCGGAUGCUGGGUCCGGACGGCAUCGCGCGCACGGCCACCGGCAUGGGCACCGGGCCGGUCGACGCCGCCUACAAGGCCAUCGACGCCCUCGUCCGCGUCCAGGUGCAGCUGAGCGAGUACACGAUGACUAGCGUGACAGAGGGCAUCGAGGCCCUGGCGUCUACUCGGGUCUCCAUCCGACCUGUGGGCGGCCACGCAGACCAGGGCUUCGUCAUCCACGCACAGGGCGGCUCAACGCAGCGCAGCUUCUCGGGCAGCGGGGCGAACGAGGACAUAGUGGUGGCGUCCGCGCGCGCGUACGUGUCAGCGCUGAACAAGCUCAUCGCCUUCAUGGCAGCUUCCCAGCGCGCGGCCGGGGCCGCCGCCGCCAACGCUCUAGCAGACGAGCCCGAGAUGGCCCCCACUCACUGAUCCACCCACGGCUUCACCCCAGCCGUUGAUUGUUGGGUCAAUGUGUAAUACUUUGGACUCUGUGUGGGGAUGGGAAUGUUAAAGCUGUUGCAGACUGGUCUUGGGCCCCACAACCACGGUAAAAACUGUUGGUAAAAGAGGCUGGUCAAUGCCUGUUCAGUCGAGCCCGAGAUGGCCCCCACCCACCGAGCUGAUAGUGUUACCUGGCAAGAGUGCAGUGCUGCAGCAACAUUUUUUAGGGUUUAUGGUUUAGGGUUCAGGGUUUAGACCCAGGGCACAGUCGAGCAGAUCACAUUGCUGAGAGGGGGUUACAUCGGUGGAUUCCAGUUGGCGGGUGUGUAAAAGCUUGAAUACUCCAAAGGAGACAUGACAGCAACGAUUGAUCUUGCUGCCGGGAGUGCAAUUGUCCCUGAGAGAAGCUUUGGGUGACAGGAGGCUGUUGCAUGAACCACGGAGCCUUAAUUUUGAAAUGCCGGGGUGUGUGCAGUGCGCGGUCAAUGCAAUGCAGCGCAGUGCUGGUUUGUCUUUUGACCGCGAAAGUUGUUGCAGUGUCACAGAUGGGCCGUCUUGAUUGUGGGCACAUGAGAUGUGCAUCUCAUGGGGUGAACAAUACAUUUCUUGUGACACUGUGUCGCUCAGCACUGACCUCAAGCUGUGCCUGCGAGACUUUGAACCCAGCCUGCCGUUGUGUGACAGAUUCUUGUCUGAUGAAGUUUAAAAACCACAGGUGAUGGCCUUCUUCUUGAUGGAGGCUUCAUGCUCGUCUGGACUGAUUUUAUGCAUGCGCCUUUUGAGAUCUAGAUGUGCUGGUGUUUUUGGCGACAGUCCUGAGCUACCUUUACGUGCUCGGGUGUCUGAAAAUGUUAGGUUUGCCUGCCAAGCUUCUAAGCUGCCAAAUUUGAAACAAAUGUAGUUGAUUUUUGGAUGAAGGGAUGUUGGAGU